AUGGACCAAUCUCCACGAUAUGUGCGGGUGCGCGUCGCCAAUGCAUGCGACAGUUGCAAAGCAAGAAAGGUCAAAUGUGACGGUGAGUCUCCCUGUGGCUACUGUACUAGACACCACAGGGCCCAUCAGUGCCAUUUCUCACCGCAGCGCCGACGCCGUACCAACGAUCCGAGAUCACCUCGAGCGUCAUCCGCGUCCAGGUCCGUGCCGUCAUCCGCCCGCCCUCGGCCCGAGUCACCACGUCUGCCGGCUUCAACACCAUCUGCACCAGUGGCAACAACUCCAAAUCGUGGGCCCGGUGAUGUUUCGGCCGAGGAAGAGGCCGACGUGCCCCGCGAUGCAAGGCUGCUGUGCGAUGCUCAAGGGAAACUGAUUUUCAUCGGUGAUUGCGCACCGCUUUCCUUCUUCCAGACAGUCAGGAAACUUGUGACUUCACGAGUCGAUCCAAGUGCAUUUGCCCCUCAGGCAAGCCGCGCGUCGCUGCUUGAGAACGCUCACUCGAAUCAAGCCGCCGCCGGAGAACCGCAAUCGCCACACGUAGAUGCCACAGCCGUCGCAUCAGCGGUGGCCAAUUACCUCGCUGUUACAUCGGGAUUAGUGGACCUAUUCGACAGCUCCAGACUUGCGGAUGAGAUAACCUCGUGGGCAGCACAGCCACAGAAACCACAUGACAUCACAUGCGCCAUCAACUACCUCGUACUGGCGAUCGGUCUCCAGAAAAGUGAUGAAGCUGCAGCCGCCCGCCAUUUUGAGCAGGGGAAGAAGCUGGCAUUGGGCUUUAUUGGGGGCGAUUUGAGCGUUGGCACCGUGCAAGCCUUCACCCUCGUCACGCUGUACAUGCUCAUGACUUGCCAGAUCACCGGCGCUUUUCUGUUUUUUGGGAUCGCUGUGAGAGCACUCUACAGUCUCGGUGUACACCGAACGGAGGUGAACUCGAGAUUUGGCGCUGAUAUCCAAAAGCAAAGAGAUCGUCUCUGGAAGAGUCUUCGCGUCGUCGACCUGUUCCUCAGUAUAUCCAUGGGCCGACCCCCAGCUACGUCAGAUGUCGACUGUACCGUCUCGUAUCGUACUGUGGAUCACGAGGGUCGCGAGGUUUUCGAUCUCCUAAACGCGUCAGUCCAAAUAUUGCUUAUCACUGAAGGCAUUGUGCUUGAGGUCUACUCAAGAAAGAAGAUCUCAAUGCAGCUUACUGAAGGAAUCUCGCGCCAGCUACGUGAUUGGUCGAACCGAUGGCUGGCCACCCUCAAACGCAUUAUUGGCUUGCCUUCCAACCAGCAUGAUGAGCCCACGGUCGUCGGGGCUCUUCAGGUUCUUUCCUCGUAUUAUUACGCCGUAAUGCUGGUGUCACGCCCAUUUCUGAUGUACGAGAUGUGCAGGCGCCUGCCUCAGAACCCUUCAAGCUUCCAAGCAAGUGGCGAAGGCGGGAGCUCUGGCAGAUCCAAGUUGGCACACGCUUGCAUUGAUGCAGCGAGCUUGAUGAUCGAGGCCGUCUCCGAGUCCAUUCAGGGCGGGCUUCUUGGAGGUAAAAUGCCACUGAUAGUAUCAUGGCUCUUUUCGGCCUCUCUCGUGGUCGGUGUAGGUCUCCUCGGCGAAUUCGGCCGCAUCCUGGAGAAAUACGCCUGCAUGUCCAUUACGGCACUGAACUAUUUCGCCAAGGACGACACACAUGCUGCGCAGUACUCUCUCAUUGUCAAUUCGUUGCACUCAAGUACCACCGCAUACCUUGUGAAGAAGGAAAAGCAUGAGCGACUCCAGAUCAAUGAGAGCUCAUCGCAGCUCUUUGGCUUAAUUCCGCGAGCUCGUCGCGAGCCAAGAAAAGAACCCAGAAACGAUUCGACGACCCGAAGUCAGAGUAAUAUAGCUCAACCCGUCGCGUUGCCCAAUGCUGAAUCCACAAUUGCAGAGAUGCCUAGCUUGACCCAGAUGCUUGGAGAGUCUCCUUUUGAUAAUCUUGAUCCAGCACUGUUUUCUUUCACAGACUUGUCCUCGGGAACGUCUGAUUUCUCCAUGCUGAACAGCAAUGCGCAGGACCAGGCGGAUCAGGUGUUUGGAGCACUUAAUCUAUUUCCACUCCUGGAUGGAGGGGGCCACAUUGAUCUAGAGCAUUUCUUGUGA